AUGGGGGAGGAUGAAGAAAUUAUUUCAUUUACCGGUAAUCGGUAUCCUAUUGGAAAUUCUGAUCUUCCAUAUUUUUUGGAUUGGGUUAAAUCAAAAUUUAAUUUAUCUGUUGAAACAUUAGAAAAAAGUAAAAAUUUGGCAAAACCAAUGCCAAAACCAGAGGAUUUUCCAGUGCCUAUAACAGAUAAUGAAUUCAUGGCCAAAUUAGAAGAAAAAAAUAUUUCAUAUUCGAUAGAUGGGCUGGAUCGAUUAGUUAGAUCUCAUGGUCAUGCUCUUCAUGAUAUUAUUCAUUUAAGGGAAUUAAAUUUUAAAAAGCAAAGAGUUCCUGAUUUGGUUGUAUGGCCUGAAUCUCAUGAUGAUGUUGUUUUUAUUGUUAAUGAAGCACAUCUUAGAAAUAUUGUUUUGAUUCCUUUCGGUGGGGGCACAAGUGUUUCAUGGGCUGUUUUAUGUCCUAAAGCAGAAAAAAGAAUGUUUGUGUCUUUGGAUACUUCCCAAAUGAAUAGUUUAUUAUGGCUAGAUGAAGGAAACUUAGUCGCUUGUUUUGAAGCCGGUAUUGUAGGACAAGAUUUAGAAAAUAUUCUAAGAGCUAGGGGAUACACUAGUGGACACGAACCUGAUUCAUAUGAAUUUUCUAGUUUAGGAGGUUGGGUAGCAACCAGAGCUUCUGGUAUGAAAAAAAAUACUUAUGGUAAUAUCGAAGACUUAUUAGUGUCUGUUAAAAUGGUGACACCAAAUGGAAUUCUUCAAAAAAAUAGUCAAGUACCCCGAAUGUCUUGUGGUCCUGAUUUUAAUCAUGUAAUACUGGGUUCUGAGGGUACUCUUGGUGUUAUUACCGAAGUGUCAAUAAAAAUUCGACCACUUCCCAAAUAUAGAAAAUAUGGUUCGAUCGUUUUUCCGGAUUUCGAAUCAGGAUUCAAAGCCGUUCGAGAAGUAGCCAGACACCGUUAUCAGCCUUCAUCCAUUCGUUUAAUGGACAAUGAACAAUUUAAAUUUGGCCAAUCGUUACGUCCUACCUCAAAUUAUUUCGGUGUAAUUUUAGAUGGUAUAAAAAAAACAUAUAUAACCACGAUAAAAAAAUUUGAUGUGAAUAAAAUGUGUGUUACAACAUUGUUAUUCGAAGGUAAUGCAAAAGAAAUUGAAAUACAAGAGAAAAGAAUUUACGAGAUUGCAAAAACGUUUGGUGGAAUUCCAGCCGGUGAAAAAAAUGGACAACGAGGAUAUACUUUGACUUUUGUUAUUGCUUACAUUCGAGAUUUUGCCUUAGAUUUUAAAAUAUUUGCCGAAUCUUUUGAAACUUCCGUUCCAUGGGACAGAGCACUUGCUCUUUGUAAUAAUGUAAAAUUUAGAGUUACCAAAGAAUGCGAAAAACAUGGAAUUAAAUAUUUUUUAAUAUCCGCUCGUGUGACGCAAAGCUACGAUUCGGGAUGUUGCAUUUAUUUUUAUUUCGGUUUUAACGGAGCGGAAAUUGAAAAUCCGUUAAAAUCUUACGAGGAAAUCGAAGAAGCGGCAAGAGAUGAAAUUUUAGCCGUCGGAGGUUCCAUUUCUCAUCAUCACGGUGUUGGAAAACUCAGGUCGAGAUGGUAUCCUCAACAGGUAUCAAAACUCGGGGUCGAAUUGUUUAAAUUGACAAAAGCUCAAUUAGAUCCUAAAAAUAUUUUUGCCAAUGGAAAUUUAAUUAAUCUUCACAGUAAUUUGUAG